AUCCGUGGAGUUAUUAUGGACGUUUUCUUGUGUGGUUCAUGAUCAGGAAGUUGACUUUUUUUAACCUGGGAUGGAUACUAGAUGAAUUUUCAUUUAAUUUGGGCACAUAACUUUAUCUAGAGUUUUGUUUUAAAAAUCCUUCUUUUGUCAGCUGAUUUUACAGUUAUAAUCCAGCGUCUCUAUAACCCGGUCCUUUUUGUGUGUGAGUGAGUGAUUGACACAUUAUAAUGGAGUUGGAUUAUUAUGUAGUUCUUGACAUCGCCAAAGAUGCCAGUCAUGGGGAAGUCAAAAAAGCUUACAGAAAGCUUGCUCUAAAAUGGCAUCCAGACAAAAAUCCCGACCAGAAGGAGGAAGCAGAGAAAAAGUUCAAGGAGAUUUCUGAGGCUUAUGAAGUUUUAUCAGACAAGGAGAAGCGAGAGAUUUACGACAGGUACGGAAAGGAUGGCCUGACAGGCGGGGGAGGGGGAAGAGGGAGUGGAUACAACGACUUCAACAUGGGCGGAGGAUUCACCGGCUUCCAUCCGUUCCACUUCCGAGACCCAGAAGAAGUGUUCAAGGAGUUUUUCGGUGGAAGGGAUCCUUUUGCUGCUUUCUUUGGUCGUGACAAUCCCAAUAACUUCCAAGACUCUUUUCCAGGCUUUACACGUCCCUCCAUGCACUUUUUCGGAGGACACUCAGACAUUUUCGGAGAUGGAGGUCGACGACGCAUGCAGCGUAGACGGGAGAGAAGCGACGGACCGGCUUAUUCCCGUCGCCCCAGGGAUGUAGCCGAGCGGAGCGUUCACCAUCCAGUCGGACACUCGCCAUUCCUCCAUUUCGGAAUCCCCAUGGGGCUUGGUUUCCAUUCUCCUCUGUUUGAUGACCAUUUUGGAAUGCAUCCAAGCUCUGGGUUCUCCAAUUUCUCCAGUACAUCCUUCAGUGGCCCCAGGGGUGGAGGAAAUUUCAGAUCCAGCUCCACAUCCACCAAAUUUGUCAACGGCAAAAAAAUUGUGACCAAAAAAGUGGUGGAAAAUGGCAAGGAAACGGUAACCGUUACAGAAGAUGGUAAAGUGGUCAAACAUCUAGUAAACGGUGAAGAGAAACAGGCGAUAAAGGGAUGAAGGUGUCUGACCAAUCACAACUAAAGCGCAUCUGUGUUAUUUAUAGUAACAUUAUAUAUUAAUUAAGUCAAAUAUCAUCAAGAGCUUAAUAAUAUUUACUAUGUAAAUGGGUCGUUUGAAAGUGCAUUGGGGUCAGGACCUUUCUUUUUUAUGUGUCUUUUAUCCAGGCCAGAAUUUUAUCUUUCGUAACUUUCUGAUGGUAAAUUGAAGUAAAAUCUGAAUUUAGAUAUAUACAUGUUUUUUCCUGAAAGUGAAGCAAUUACAUGCUUCUUCUUUCAUUGUUAUGAAAAAAUGGUGAUUUUUUUACCCUUUUUUGCAAGGUCAAAUUGCAAUAUGUUGUGUUUACUGUCUGUAGAUGAUGUAUGUGUGUUGUUUAUUGUAUAUGUCCGGAUAUGUGUAGCCGCAGUUAAUCUUACGUUACAAGAUUCUCUAUUGCUGUUUACCAGAAUGAGUGCACAAUGAGAAAUUGCAAAAAAAUGCAAACAUAUCUGAACAAAAUGAUUUUUUUUCCACUUGUUUCGUUCAAUUUUUGAUUCCUUUAAGCUGGAAUCACCUUCUUUCAGAACAGGGUAGAAGAUUUUCAAAGGAAGAUGAAAAAUUUACUUUAAAAAAAAAUUUUUUUUUUUGUUUUCGAAUGUUAAAGGCUUUAUGUCAUGAAAUUUGCUUUUGGGCCUUUGGUGAAGACAACAUGUAAACUGUCUGGGUUUUUGUUUGCCUGUUAUACCGGUACCAUGCUAUUAUGGCAGAUUGUUUCUCUUAAGUAUAUUUCAAUGUUUAGCCGUUUGUUGUGCCAUGUAUGGGAAAAAAUUUCAAAAUCUGUAUGUAUUUUUAAUUUAAUAUGCUUAAAAUUUAUUGCAUAAUUGAAAAACAUGAAUACCAUUGUUUGAUGCCGUUGUUCUUUUUCUCAGCAGGAUCUCAUGUUAUUGUUUAAAACAAUGGCACUUUUGACUUUUGAAAUUGAUACCGAAAGAACAUAGUUGUUUCUGUAAAAUCAUUAUGUUCUGAAUAUUUUGUAAAGCUUCAAUUAUUUAUAUGAGAUAGAAGCUUUUUCCAUAGCAGAGGAUAAAAAUUCUGAUACAUGUAUAUCGAUGCUAGUGUCUCAACACAUGAUGAACUCUUUAUAUUACAUUGUUGUUUCUGCAACUCUUUUAUAAUCAGACUCCACAACUUUGGAAGUUGAGACGUACAUGUACUCUACAACCUUGGAAGUGGAGGUUCUACAACCUUGAAAGUGGAGUAUGCUAUAUUGGUCAUUGAUGAUUAAUUUUUUUUGCUUUUAUUUAAACCGUAUGUCAGUCAUUUGCAAAUGUCACAGGUGUGGUAUAUGUUGCAAUUGGUUUUUAUGAUUUUGUUUAAUUUCUUUUUCCCCAUCACUUUGCUACCACACAGUCUUUUGUAAAUGUCUGGCCAGUCUCUGUUGUAGGAUCAUCUAUAUACAGAGGAAGUGUCUCUUUAUAAUUCUAACAGCUGUGUACAAUAUUAUCAUGUAUAAUGUUUUUUUUUCUUUUUGUCUUCUUUUCAUAGUAUUAUGUAUCAAAGUUGAUAACUGUCUUUGAAUUCAUUCAUUUUUACCAUGUUUGGCCAAAUAGCAAAUAAAUAAGCUAUAUUU